UGCAUAAAUAGAUAUAUUCUUUCAUACGCUUGUUUUAGACGACCUUUAUUUGUAUGGUUGUUGGGAAGGAAAAGGAAUUUAGUAUUUACGUUUUUUUGUCCCUUUGGUUUGUUCAUCUUACCUUUUUGCGUUUAUGGGUGGCUGUGCGCUUUGUUUGUGGCAUUUCUGCUUGACCAAAAUACAAAUAUAUACUUGCAGAUUGCAAAAUAUGACCUAAGGUUGAUAUAUACCAAAUCUUCGAAUAAGGCCCGUCAUACUUAUGAUGACGUUUUCCUGUCAGCAGCAAGUGAACGUUGUGUAUAUACGUCUUCUGCUCAGUGCUCAGUUUCGUUUCAUCAGUCUUACUUUUUUUGCAGAGUAUUAACUGGUAGUUCUAUAAGCCCUAUGGAAGAUUCCUUCCAUGAACUUGAUGGAACCCACCUCUGCAGUCGCUGCGGGAAACACUUCUGCAGUAGACGAACACUGUCAGUACACAUAAAGAUACAUGAGGGGAACCAGCCAUUUGUUUGUUCAGCUGGGUCAUGCGGUAAAAGAUAUAACAAAAAGCAGGAUCUGGACGCUCAUAUGAGGGCCAGACACGGGGCAAAAAAGCUUAGCUGCAGUAAGUGUGGAAAAGAAUUUUGCAGUAAGGCCAGCCAUGUGAAACAUACAAAAGAAUGUGGUAACCCAAAACCAAAGCAGCAUAUGUGCAAGAGAUGCGGCGCCAAGUUUAACAGGAAAUGUGAUCUUGAAUAUCAUUCAAAAGGUUUGCACGACGAAGAGUGUAAAUACAAAUUUGACGUGUGUGGACAAAGUUACAGAUGGCGGUCAUCUUUGAUAAACAUUAGGAAAAAUGUGCUUAGAUGGUUUUGA